UUCAAUUGACAAUUCGCCAAGAGGAAAAUAUAACCCGCGUAAAAGAAAUAAAAUUAAAAAUAAAAAUGACUUCUACCUUAGACGAUAAAUCUAAACGCUUAAAAAAUAUUAAAGAAAUAUCUGAGCUGGAUGUCACCGAUUGGAAAAGAGUUUGGCAAUUAGUAUCUGGUAUUCAUUAUAGUACAUCAGAAUCUUUAGUUAAAGAAUCACUAUUUGAAAAAAGUAAAGAAAUACAAGAUGGAUUAUUCCAAUUUAAAAAGCCGAAAACUUUUAACAAUGAUGACUUAGAAAAACUUUUAAAAAGUUUGAAACAAGAAAAAUUAUUGCCGUUUACAACUAAACUGCAAUAUAUUUUGGACUUAGAACCUGCACAAUGUUGGGAUGUCUUAUGCUAUUAUUUGGCCAAAGAGUUUCGUGGCACAGCUAAUUCGUUACCACUGCUGACAGCCACUGAAUCAAAUAUGACCAAAUUUUUAGAUGACAUUUGGCGAUAUUAUACACUGCAAAGAAUGGUCUUUCUGAAAUUAGUUAAAAAUCUUUUGGAAUUUUAUCAAAAUCAAUAUCACCCGUAUCAUGAACAAUACAAAGAAAUUUUAGAUAAAAUUACAUUAGAAAAAUUAAAAACGUCCUAUUUAAAGCAACUUGAAUUUCUAAUUAAAGAAACACCUCCGUUGAAAUUAACAGGGGGAGAGUUUUGGAAUUAUCAAGCAAAAUUAUGUGAUUGGAAUGAAAGAAAUUGCAAAGAGACUAUUGAAAUACUUCAUAUACUUAUAUUAAUUGUACAUUUCGUUGGAGUUACAGUGGAGGAAGUUACGCAGUUGAUGGAAUACUUUAAAAUGCAUUCAUUUGGAAGGCAACAGCGCUUCUUGAAUGAAUCAAAUGAAUUACAUUUACAACUAAUAAGAAAAAUUGGAUAUAGUGAAAUAAUUUUAUUUAUGAAGUGUAUUGAUGUAUCACAGAAAGAUACUGAUUCAGCUUGGAUAUAUAAUGUUAUAAAAAAUUUAGAUGAAAGUAUAACUUCUAUAAAACAUGGACCAUCCUCAAGUCAACUUUGUCCAGAACAUGGUCCUCUUUUAUUAUCAUGGAUGCUAUUUAAUUUUCGUGUUAUUGAUUCUGAAACAGAUGAUAUCGCAACGAGGAAAUUCAGGCAAUAUGGGGGAAAAGCUGUUCAGUUAGAUGUUUUUAAUAGUUUUAAAAAUAUAGUCACACAUCAAAUGUUUGAAGAUGACAGUUUAAUAAGUAGGGUUGCUAGAAAAACAGUUUACAAUUAUUUAAAUCAUUUAUGUGAAUUAUUCGAUGAUGGUUCAAUUGGAAAACAUAAUGGAGUUUAUGAUUUAUUGAGUGAGCUUUUGCACACGCCGUUGAUAGCAAAACAUUUUGUGCAGAAUGAAGAUUGUGGAAUUAGAUCGCUAUAUACUGGGUUACUGGAAAAUUUUCCUAUUGAUUUUUACAGUAUUAGCAAAAUAUUUUUAGCCCUUUCAAAAGCCGGGAAAUAUAAUUUUGUUAAGGAACAAUUUCAGCAGUUGCCAAUUUAUACAGAAUUUUAUGAUGAAUGUAAACAUAAAUUAAUGCCAUUAGGUAAUGAUGAAUAUAUAACUACUCAACCGUAUACGCCAUUUAAAGGAAUUGAUUACGUUAUUCCAAUUAAAACCAGUGCAGCGAUUUUAAGCCACGAUAAUGGUGCUUUUGUUCAUUUCAGAAUCCCUGUCAAUUAUUUUGAUGUCUUACAAAAUGAAAUGAAUAAUCUUUUGAGUUACGUUACACAAUAUGUUGAAAUUGAUGUAAAUCGGUUUAAAAACAUUAACGCUGGGGUCGAAUAUUUAUCUUUUGUGAUAAGUAAGAUUGAAAAACCUCAAGAUAUAGCACCAGAAAUGGUAUUUCCAACGGAAAUGUGUAUUGAUAUUUUAAAUAAAUUUAAGAAUAUAUUUAAUCCUCCUAUCGAAUUAUUAGCAAAUUGUCUAAAUGUGUGUACAUCUUUACUUAGCAAUUUCAAAAAUGAAAUUUCAUCUCGUAUUGCUAAUUUAAAUAUUUUGCCAUCAGUGACGAGUGAAAAUUUGGAUUUUAUCAAAUAUGCACAAGGAGUCAGUUUUGAUUCAAAUAUAGUUGGAACAUAUUUGAUCAAUUAUGAACGCAAAAUUGAAAAAUACGAUUUUUUAAUAUCUUAUAUAAACUUUCUUAAAGAAUAUUCUAACAUAAAUAUGGAACAGGUUGUCCCAAACAAUUUGUUUGUAUUUGAAAUUCCGGGUUUAAUAUUUCUUUUGCGGGAAGUGUUUCCUCAUUUGCAUUCAUGGAGAUUCAGAUCAUCUUUUGAAAGAAAUCGAAUUUACAAAGAAACAUUGGAAUACUUCUGUGAAAUUUUGAACAUACAUAUAAAAAACUCAGAAAUAACAAACCAGAAUUCAAAGAAAAUUUUGAAAGACAUUUGCAUAUAUAAUCUUCUAAAUUCAGAUAAUGGAAUAGCAUUACUUAAAUUUAUUGCAAUAGGCAAUCCUUUCUUACAAAUGUCUAUGGAAAUGGAAGCAAAUUGGUUAAGUUCUUCCUCUUGUGGGGUAAUACGUUUAGUUAGAUUAUCGAUGAAAAUCUUAAUGCAUUUACUUCGAUUAAAGUCUUCAUUGUUUAAUCAAAAUGGAUUAUCUCCACUUGAAAGCUUGAUAUAUGCGCAACCUAAACAAAGGGAUACCCUUAGAAUCAUACCAGUCGUUACAAGUUAUAUUAAUAACAUUUUCGACAGAUCCUUACCAAUACUGUCCUGUCGAUUGUUGAGACGAAUCGCUCUUGAAUUCAAUAUGUCUUUAUUAGCAUGCCUUGAUAUGGAACCAGAUCAAAUACGGUUAAUAUUUUUACAAAGUUUGCCAGAUGAUUUAGAGUCAGACGAUCUAAAAAUAGCAAUAUUGGAGUUUGUUGAAGCAUGUAUUGAAAAGCAACCAGGUUUAACAGAAGCAUUUUUUAAAAUUAAUAAUGAAAAAGAAAAAAGGAUUUUUGCUCCGAAAAAGGAGUUUAACAUUGCAGAUAGUAUAGUGUUCUUCAUGGAAAUUUAUCUUUCGAGUGUUCUAGAAACUCCAGAGAUAAUUGAAAAUGAUAUUCCAACAAGAAUAAUGUCAUUAUUUCAUUCUCUUUGGAAAAGUGGAAGACAAAUUUUAGUGAAAAAUUUGUUAGAACAGAAAACUUUUUGGAAUUCAUUGUGUAGCCCGUUGUUCGCAAAACAAUUCAAACCUAAAAUAAAAGCUUACAACCAAAUUUUAAACAUUUUGGGUAUGGAAAUAUUUAUAAGUUCAUCAGAAAAUAAUGUUGAUGAAAGUUUACAGAAAGUUAUUGAUAAAUUUUUUGAAAAAUCUUUCUUCGAAAAGUGGACUAAAUUUGUUUUUGAUUUGCCAAAGAUUUGUGUUGAGGAUUAUAUUGCCGACGAAACCCCAGAUUGGCUGUGUCGUCUUCAGUCAUUUAAGGAAUUCAUUGUAAUUAUUCUAAAAAAAAAUCUAAAGGAUUUUGAAAUUCCAAAUUCACAAAAAAAAUUUUUAGCUAUGAAGACUUUGGAAAUUUUAGUUCAAAGGUCGGAAUAUACUGAUGAUCUCAGGCCGUUUGUCAUUCUUUCAGAACUGUAUUUAAUAGUUUUAAAUAGUUUUAACCACACUUAUACUCAAAAUUUACACGAAGAUCAGGAAAUGCUUACAUUUACAACGAAAUUACUUAACAAUUUAUCUAUUUGCUACGAAGAUUUGCACAUUAGAGCUAAAAUGUCCUGUUUAGCGAUAACCAUCAAAGCAGCAGAUUUAUUAGCUACUGAAUUGACAAAGGAUAUUCACAAUGCUUUAAAUUUCCUUUAUCCUAUAGUCAAUAUAAUAUGUUAUGAGCUUAGUGAUUUAGAAAAAACUGUGAGAAUUGAGUUGCAUGAUAAAACGGCCGGCUACAACCGGAAAGAGAAUCAAGAAACGCAGUCUCAAAAGUGUAAUUUUAAUGAUGAAAAUACACCCUUAAUAUUGAGUUUAAAUUUAUUAAAGACAAUUGCAAGUAUUUUUCAUGAUGAAGGUCCUUCGAACUGGGAUACUCCAUUUCAUUCAAACCGCGUGUUCAAUAGGUUGCUGAGUUGCACUGCAUGGAUUAUUCAACUAAAUUCUAAACAUAAAUUAUCAAUUGAACUCUUGGAUGUUUUAAUAGUAUUUGCUAAAGGAAAUUGUUCACACGAAUUUUUAUACUGUGACAUUGGAGAUUACUUAUGGUUAAAACUUAUUCCACCAAAGGAACUCACAGAAAAUAAUUAUAUGAUGCAGCAGAACCUAAUGAAACCGAAUCAAAACAGAUGGCUGGUUGAAAAUUGGUGGCCAAUAUAUUCUAGAGGAAUUGAAUUAGUGACUAUAUUAUUAGAGAAACACCGUUAUCAGUUUUUAAAAGAUGUUUUAUUGUUUGUUGGAAUUCACGAAGAAUACUUAAUGGAUUGUAUUUUUUUGGCGAAACAAUCUUUGGAACCAAGAGCUAUGGCAUUGAUUAAGAAUGUGAUUUACAUGAUAUGCCUUCUAUCAGAAUAUGAAAGUGAAUGGCAGUUAGAUCACCAGCAAAGUUUAUAUAAUUUAAAGAAAAGUGUUCAGUUUCUGUUAGGACAUUUAAUAUCACUGUUUAAUCAACAAAGAAAUCUUAGAAGACUGAUGCAAGGUGUUAACGUACAAAUAGAUCCAAUCAAAGAACUUAAUAACACAUACUUUCCUGACGACAUAGUAAUUAUAUUAAAUGAGCUUGUUGAGAUAGUAGCAGUUUGUGCCAAAUGUUUAUUAAAUUUCAGUCCCAAUUUAUUGAAUUUCAUAUGUGAACCGCAAUUUUUAAUAUCAAAGUGGGAGUUCAUAUUUGACAUACAAUUUGGACCACCCAAGUUGAAUGAUUACAGCAAUCAAUUAACUUUUGGUACGGUUUUAAAUAUUGUUGGAAUUUUAACAAAAUCACUAAACUUACAAAACAGUUAUGGUUUCAAUGAAAUUCCUUUGAAUGAAAUCCCCGAGAAUAUCACGGAAACUCAAUCAACACGAUCUGUAUCUUCUAGUGAAAAAAAUUGUUCAACUAGGGUACACUUUAACAAAUCCAUGUCUAUAGCAUCGGUUACAUCAUCUGUUACUGCUCCACCGAAUGAAAUUCUUUCAAAUUUAGAUGGAGAAUUGUGUCAAAUGGCUUUAGAAAAAGUUCUAACUUUAAUUGCUUGUCAAACUUUUCUUGCAUUAAGAAAUACAAAUUUAUCUAAUAGAGAAAAACAAUUAAUACGACGUGAAAUAACAACUGAAUUAAUAACUUUUCAUGAAUUUGUAAGAAAAAAAGUUUUAAAUGAUUUUCGUGACCAUCGCGAUAUAUGGCAUCGUAAAAAACGAGGAAUAAUGAUGAUGCAAAUAAAUACAACAAGUAACAAUGGAGAAGAAAAGUCUUCGACAAAGAAAAAAUCAAGUGCUUCAACAAAAAUUUCUUCAAGUGGUACAUCAAAACCAUCAAUGAGAGUUGAUGUUGUUCGACGACAACAUUUACAACAUCAUUUACAAAAUUUGAAUUCUGGAAAACAAAAACAAACUUUCGAUAUGUCGGUAAAUUUAAGUCCUAUAAUUCAGAAAUCAGAUAAAUUAAGUAACCCAAGUUCUUCAACUCCCCAUAUUGGUAAAUCUACAGUACGUAAAACAUCUUUUGACGAUAGUUCUAUUAAAGUAAUUUGUACAGAAAGACCAACACAUGAUGAAGAAAACGAAGAAGAAAUUCAAUACAUUGAACCAAUUGAACCUCGAUAUACACCAUUAUCAUAUGUUCAAUUGGUUGAAGAAGAUUAUUUGCAUUUCCUUUCAAACAUUUUUCAUGUAAUUUGUCAAAAUGAUUAGUUUUAAAAAAUGAAAAAUUAUAUCAAAAAAAAAAAAACAUAUUUUUUG